UGGAGGGCAAGGAUGUAUUUCUUCAGGAUGCUGGCAUAUUUCUUUUGUUGUAGCCUGCAGAGUAUCAGUUUGAUCAGAUAGAUUUCUUGUUAGGAACCUUGCUACCAUAACAGGGUAUCCCAAACAGGGAAUUCAGUCGACAUGGACUACGAUUUCAAGACAAAACUUGCGUCAGAAAGAGCAAAAGUUGAAGAGUUGUUUGAUUACGAAGGUUGCAAGGUCGGCAGAGGAACAUACGGGCAUGUCUACAAAGCGAAGAAAAAGAACCCCAGGUUAUUGGAUGGUGAUAAAGAAGGCACAAAAGAAUAUGCUCUGAAGCAGAUUGAGGGAACUGGAAUAUCUAUGUCAGCAUGCAGAGAGAUCGCACUUCUCCGCGAACUCAAACACAUCAAUGUGAUCAGUCUCCAGAAAGUCUUCCUGUCACACUCAGAUAGAAAAGUCUGGCUACUGUUUGACUUUGCUGAGCAUGAUCUUUGGCACAUCAUCAAGUUUCACAGAUCAGCCAAAGCAAACAAGAAGACAGUGCCAGUCCCUAAAAAUAUGGUGAAGUCGUUAUUAUUCCAGAUCCUGGCUGGAAUUCAUUAUCUACACAGAAACUGGGUGCUACACAGAGAUCUCAAACCAGCAAACAUUCUUGUAAUGGGUGAAGGCUCUGAGCGAGGUCGAGUCAAAAUCGCGGACAUGGGUUUUGCUAGGUUGUUCAAUUAUCCAUUGAAGCCUUUAGCCGACCUUGACCCUGUGGUUGUGACCUUCUGGUAUCGAGCCCCAGAACUUCUUUUAGGUGCUAGGCAUUACACAAAAGCCAUAGAUAUUUGGGCCAUAGGUUGUAUAUUUGCUGAACUAUUGACAUCCGAACCCAUAUUCCACUGUCGACAGGAGGACAUCAAAACGAGUAAUCCUUAUCAUCACGAUCAGCUCGAUAGAAUAUUCAAUGUCAUGGGAUUCCCCCUCGAGAAAGAUUGGGAAGACAUCAAGAAGAUGCCUGAGCAUACCGCACUUAUGAACGACUUCAAGAAAACAAACUACAUGAACUGUAACCUCAUGAAGUACAUGGACAAACAUAAAGUGAAAUCAGACAGCAGGGCAUUCCAUUUGCUCUCAAAACUUCUAAUCAUGGAUCCCAACAAACGGAUAUCUUCAGAACAAGCCAUGCAAGACCCGUACUUCACCGAGGAUCCCACACCUUAUCCAGAUGUAUUUGAAGGCAUGCCCAUUCCUUACCCCAAGAGAGAAUUCCUUACUGAUGAUGACAAUGAUGACAAGGCCGAUACUGGAGCCAGUAAAGUGAGCACGCACAAGGCGGGCAACCAGGAUCAGUCGUCUAGUCACAAUCAACCUCCUGCAAAGCGGGUGCGGGUCACAACAACACAGGGACAGACAGUGGUCACUAAUGAUUACCAGAAGCAUGUCCAUGGAAUGCAGAGUGGACAACAACAGAACAUGACAUACUCAUCAAGUGGGUCGUCACAGGGGACUACCUCUACGGUAUAUGGUCAGCCACGGUUCUGAGGUCUUCACAGGGGACUACCUCUACAGUAUAUGGUCAGCCACGGUUCUGAGGUCUUCACAGGGGACGACCUCUACGGUAUAUGGUCAGCCACAGUUCUGAGGUCUUCACAGGGGACGACCUCUACGGUAUAUGGUCAGCCACGGUUCUGAGGUCUUCACAGGGGACGACCUCUACAAUAUAUGGUCAGCCACGGUUCUGAGGUCUUCACAGGGGACGACCUCUACGGUAUAUGGUCAGCCACGGUUCUAAGGUCUUCACAGGGGACGACCUCUACGGUAUAUGGUCAGCCACGGUUCUGAGGUCUUCACAGGGGACGACCUCUACGGUAUAUGGUCAGCCACGGUUCUGAGGUCUUCACAGGGGACGACCUCUACGGUAUAUGGUCAGCCACGGUUCUGAGGUCUUCACAGGGGACGACCUCUACGGUAUAUGGUCAGCCACGGUUCUGAGGUCUUCACAGGGGACGACCUCUACGGUAUAUGGUCAGCCACGGUUUUGAGGUCUUCACAGGGGACGACCUCUACAGUAUAUGAUCAGCCACGGUUCUGAGGUCUUCACAGGGGACAACCUCUACGGUAUAUGGUCAGCCACGGUUCUGAGGUCUUCACAUGGGACACAACCAUGAAUGGUCAGGCACAGUGGUCAACAAUAAACAUUUGAUGACUUUGUGUGAUACCUGUUUGAUUACCUCUGUUUCAUGAAGCAGUGUCUUGUUGCUUGGACAUCCUACGCCUGUGAAACUAUACUCCCAUGUACCAUGCACUCCCAUGCACCAGGGAACUGUGCUCCCACGCACUAGGGAACUGUGCUCCCACGCACUAAGGAACUGUGCUCUGUGCACAUGGAAUGUGCUUCUACGCACCAGGAUUAGGAAACUGUGCUCCCACGCACAGGGGAACUGUGCUCAGUGCUUCACCGCACCAGGAAACUGUGCUCCCAUGCACAGGGGAACUGAGCUUUUGCUCAUCUGGGAAUUGAGCCCAAAAGGGUUAAAUACAAGUAGUUUAUAAUUUGCAAGCUCACAGUACGUUGCAUUUUUCCUGGUACAUGUUCUUUUAACAACCAAUUUGUUGAGGUUGCCUGACAUGUCCAACAAAAUUGUUUUUGGUUCACCCCGUCUGAAAUCCUGGAUGUAUAUGUGAAUAACAAUAAAAUCGAUUUCGAUAUUUUCAAA